AUGUCGUCGUCAUCUAGACUGGUGCAGGAUUCUCCCGUUUCCCCCACUCGCGUUCUUCGACGAAACGCAUCUGACGUUAUUCAGGUUGACACUAUUGAUGUUGAUGAGGAACCCCUUCAAAAGCGUAAUCGCUCUUCCCAAGAGCUACCUUUUUCAAGUCCGCGUAAAACAGUAACGGUUACUGUUAAAGACAACGAGGUGGAAGAGUUUUAUGCCCCUAGUAAUGCUUCCUCAAAUAGCUCCAAUUUAUGGAACGGUCUUACCAUACCGGAAGGUGUAUCAAUUCCUGAUAAAGUGAUGGCAAUUAUCGAUUUCCUUCGUGAUCGGCGUCGACGACCGGACGAAAAUAUAGUGAUAUCGGGCGCUGAGCGAUAUUUAAAAUUGUCUUCGUGUGAGAUCCUUGAUGUAUUAAAAGGAUUGAUUGAGUCUGAUCGUAUAAUUAAAAUCAAAUAUCCCUCGGGUUAUUCCUACCGUUUUCCCACUAACCGAUCUUCAUCGAAGAAAUCGAUUCCUACUACCUCAGCUUCUAAUAAGACACAGACUAAGUCUAAAGCUACAACUAGAAAUUCUGCAAGUACUAAAAAGUCAAGUCAAAAUGGAGGCUUUAUUUCAUCAAAGAAUCGUUCAAGCCCUAUUUUUGGCGUUGCUGAAAUUAAGGCUGUUCAUUCUUUUUCGAAACUCAUCUCGUCUAAUAAGGGGAUCGUGCGGCCUUUGAAAAUGACCCCUAACGGGAGAUCUCCAGUGUUCGACAAGAUUGAGUCGGCUCUUUUUAACGGCGAAUCUAUCUCGAGCGGGAAGACAUCAGUUCCCGGUGCUUCAACAUAUGAUAUUCCACCACCAACCCCUCUUACCUUAGAAACUGUUGAGAAGUUACUAAAAAAUCUUCCACACUUAAUUGGGACAAAAGUGAAUGAAGUUGAUGUGAAAGCCCCUCUACCCCAGAAUGGUCGCCUGCGGCCUAGAGGCAAUUCUAACGCACCUUCUUCUAUUUUUAUCUUCUCUCGACCCGCUGAAGGCCUCGUUCAACUUGUCAUCCAUUCUAAUGGUUCCCGACUCCGCAACACAUUCAGUUUGCAGGCAUAUUCCUUUGUACUAAAAGAGCUAACGGAUGCUUUGGACACCUUUGUGUCCGAUCCUCAGAUCCGAGCGAUAUUAAUCUCAGGUGCCGGUAGCGUAUUUUCAUCCGGUGUUGACCUACAUUCCCUCUCCAAAACGCCAAAUAAAUUCAGUGAUGAGAACAAUUUCGUUGACACUUAUGUGGGGGUGUUGCGAAAAUUCCUUCUUACUCUCUCUUCUUACCCAAAAAUCCUCAUUGCUGGUGUUAAUGGACCGGCUGAGGGAUUGGGCAUGGCUGUAUUGCCUCUCUUCGAUUUGGUCUAUGCAAGUGAUAUUUCCUCCUUUCACGUCGCAUAUACCACAUUGGGACAAGUGCCUGAAGCUGGCGCCAGCUAUACUCUAGCGUCGAAAGUAAGCUUACCGGUGAUGAAUGAUCUCCUUUUGGCUGGUCGACGUCUUACUGCUCGUGAGGCGCAUGAAUGUGGGCUCAUUUCUGAUGUACUCUUCCCUAAGAACUUUGCUCAGGAGGUCGUCUUGCGAUGCGCUAGAAUUGCUACUCAGUCCGUUUCGGCCCUGAUGAAAACCAAAUGCCUUACUCGACUAUGGGAUAAAGAGCGAAUCGAAUUCCAGGUUAAUGCUGAAUGUAACCAAUUAGCUGAUAUCUGGAAGACUGUGGAGUUCCGUGUUGCAGCUGCAAACUACGUCAACCACCGCAUGGAUCUUUUUAUUUGA